UGCUGUCAAUAUCUUAUCCGACUCUAGCCAGUGUUUCGAUCAUCAUUUCGGUGUGCGGUUGUACAAAUUUGAGUAUCGAAAUUUAAGUUAGAAAAUAGUGCCAUAGUUUCAGCAUGUCUAGAGUGCAGAGGUCGGCUGGCAGUCAGCAAUCGUCGAGCGGGUUGGUCUCCUACGGCAGCGGUCUCGUCUUCGGCGGGAACGUGUAUCCAGUUCUGGUGGACGGAGUGCCAAUGCAGCCGCCCAUGGGGGCUCAUCAAGCGGCGGCCCAGCAGCGCCUGCAGAUGCAGCAGCGACAGAUGCAGCAGCGACAAAUGCAGAUCCCGCCGCAGAAACCCAUUGUUUCCCAGCGGGCACAACCGACAUCCGACGCCCCAGCAGGGAUGUACAUGACCAAACAGGUGCAGCAGAGCGCACCCUGUCAUCCUAGUGAUGUCAGGAUGCAACAGCAGCAGUACCACAACUUCGCCAUGAUGCAGCAGCUUCAGGCGCAGCUUCUACAGCAGCGGCAGCAAAUGCAGAUGGCCAUGGGCCAUCCCUACAUCCCAUCCCAUUACGGCCAAUACCACGUGCAACUGCAGCGGAAUGCGGGUGGUGAUUGUGGCGGCUGGAACGGUUAUGCCAUGAUGCAGCCAUCGGAAGUCAAUAAGCCGUAUUCGUUUAGCGACUGAGUCUUUUUCCCUUUGUGACUGUGAACUUUUAAUCUCUCUAAUCAAAGUGUGGCAUUAAGCAUAUGCCAAAUCAAGCCUGAAAAA